AUAGUUUUUGGUUCUCAGACUUAUCUUCUGUCAGAACUCUCCUGUGUCAAGGUGAAGGACACGAAAAUGGAAAAACAGAAAUGACACAAAAAUUGAUAUACACAGAUUUUUAUCCUUAUUAAACAAUGACUGAAAAAGAAUUUGCCACAUCAGACAAUAUUGUAGAGUCAACAGGCAAUUCAAUUGAUGCAUUGAUUCAGGCAAGUUCUAUGAUACAAGAUGACAACAUAGAUAACCACUCACCAUGUCAAACAAGUUUUGAAGAACAAAGGGAACUAGAUCGUUCAUAUAUACAACAAAAUGAAGAUAAACAGUCACCACGGUCAACACAGAGUUCAUCGCCACAGAACCUAUCACAUGACACUGGUUAUCAAAACAGUGAUGCAAGUUUUGAAGAUGGUCGAUUGGGAUACGAUUCCAUUAAAAUGGAUGAUGGGGAAAAUAAUGACGAUUUCCCAUACGGCCAGUACAUGGACUCGUCACCAGAAAAUGUUUUGGAUAUGAGAACAGGUUCACCAACUAGAUUCUACAAAUGCAGAUUUUGUCCAUUUACAGCAAGUACAUAUACACAACUUCAACUUCAUAUGCCUAAACAUGGAGGUGUGAAGGCAUUGAAAUGUUCAUUAUGUGACUAUACAACUAAUGACAAAAGUAAUUUCCGUCGCCAUAGAAGACUACAUAUGGGCAGCAAUCCUGUUAAUGUAUUAAAGUGUAGUAAAUGUGCCUACACAACCAUUCUACCAAGGAAAUUUCGUGAUCACUGCUUACAAGCUCAUAAUGACAGAAUUGAACCAGCAAGAGUACAUCAUUUUGAAACAUCAGUGCACUCACCAUACCAACCCCCAACUUUUCACCAAACCCCCUUGCAAAUUGAUACCUUGGAUCUCAGUGCUCAUGGUCAGCCAUCACCUUCAAAUUCAAACAUGACAGCAACUAAUGCAUUACAUUCAUUACUAUCAGGCAUCCAUCCGACACAAUUAUCGUAUCGCCCACAAAACAAUCCAACUUUACAAACCCAAUGUCUCAAUCAAUUUAGUAAUUAUGUACCACAAGUUCAACGUCAAACUGAAGAAAAUCACAUGGCAUCAAACUACUUAAGAUCUAUUGUCUCAUCCAUUAUGAACACCAACAUGCCACCAAGGGUGCCUGUCACAAGUACCAUGACUUCAUCUGGUUAUUUUCUGCCUAGAAGUACUGAGGUUCACCGAGAAUGUCAGUCGUCAUCUUUAUCAUCAAAUUACCAAAGUAAUUUACCAAGCUCAAGACAAGUAAAAGUCAAAAUAGAACCUCGAGAUUACGAUGAAGCAACUGAUUUACAUGUAUCAAGUUCUGGUCCCCCAUACAGAGCACCAAAAGAUAUGUCACAUCGGAUUAACAUGCAACCCUACCAGCAAAGACUUGUAGAAACAUUUGAAAAUAAUUCACAAAAUGAGUCAUCAAACUGUAUGGACAGCAUCAGAACAAAUUCUACCGAUUCGUCAUCAUCACAACAGGAAGUUAGAUCAAGUGCAGACAAUGUUGUCAAUACAACAGUCAAAUCAGAAACUACAACAAUAGGCGUGCAAUGUGGACUUCACAAAUCUGAUUCAUUAAUAGAAAUUUCACAAACUCAACCGACUAUAGACUGUGGUAUUCAGUGUGAAUUGAUGCAUCAUUCAAGAGCAGUAGCAGCAGAUUGUCCAGUCAAAGAAAACACUUGUGGUCACUGUGGCAUCACAUUUGAUGAUGAAGUUUUAUAUUCUAUUCAUAUUGGGUGCCAUAGCCACACUGACCCAUUUGUGUGUAAUGUGUGCGGGAAACAGUGCUCUAAUAAAUACGGCUUUUACUCUCAUAUAAUGAGAGGACAUCACUAUUAAGAAAAUGUUAAUGUUUUGUUUCUUGCAAUACAUGUAAUUACAAACCUGAAAUGAAAAGUCAUUUUGACUAUUUUUAUAAACUGCAGCAUCCCAUUUUUGUAAGCACAGGGGGAAUUAGACACAUUCUAAGGUUUAAAAUUUCUAAUCUGUAUUUUUAUUGCUAGAGAUUUCUUCAUUUUUUCCACUUUUAAAUACUGUAAAUUCAGAAAUUAAUGCGAGGUUUUUAUUAUUGCGAAAAAUGCGACUGAGUUGUAAACGCAAUAAUUUAAACUCGCAUUUCGAAAUAUUUUAUAGGAAUUUAACAGGAUUUUUCACAAAAUCGUAAAAAUUAAAAUCACAUUUAAGUCUAAAAUGACAAAAUCGCAAUAAUAAAUGCACGCAAUAAUUUCUGAAUUUACAGUACAUGUAAGUAUUGUACAAUGGAAAAGUCAUAACACAAUUUUUGCUGUUAUUGAAUUUAAAUUAAAAGCUGACAGUGCAAAAGCCUGUUGCAAUUUGGAAUUCCUUAUACAAAUCAGAAAUUUUAUUUAAAUUAUAUUUUGCAAUAAAAAAUAUUAAGCCAUUAUUUAGAAUCCACAUGAAUAGAAUCUAACAUUUGAAAAGAAUACUACUUAUGCAUAUCUUGCAAAUGUCAAAUACUAUUGACAAAUUGAAUUAUAGAUAAUAGGAAAUGUCUGAGGGUGUUAUGAGGGAAAUUAAUGUCUUGCACUCUUCAUUUUUCUGUGUGUUUGAUGUAAUACAAUUAAAUUGUUACAUUUCAAAUAAUGUUAAUAAUUUGUGGGAAAUGAUGCAUUUAUGCUGACUUAUCUAGGAGUUAAGGCAAGUCAGAAAUAUUUCAGUCCAUAGAAAUCACAGGGUGAGAAAACAGGGUCAUUCAUACCUGCCAACUGUCACUAUUUGCGGGGGGAUUUCCCCCAUAGAGGCUCCCAAAUUGAAAUUGUGAAAUAGCAAUUUUGUCUACAACUUUAAACAAAACAAUUAAUUUUACAAUUACUUUGGGCUUGUAAAAGUAUGAUGAAGCCAAAAAAAAACAAUAUUUAAAACGUAUUUGAAGGCCCCCUUGAAGUUUUUUUUAAAACAUAUAUGGCAGCCAUCUUGCAAACAAAACCCCCAUGGCCAUUUUGAAAAGUUGGCAGGUAUGCAUGGUCUGUUGGGGGAACUUGAAGCAUAAUGUUUAUUUUUUUGCUUUAAAUGCUGCUUUAUAUGGAGUUAUCUUUUUCAAAUUUAAUGUUAUACAAAUUUAUUACAUGUUUUAGAACUUUAUUUUUUUUAUUUGAAAUAUACAUUGUACCUUUAUUUUUAUUUUUUAUCUAGAAAAUUUAUGACUAUGUAUUACAAGUAAAAAAGAUAUAAAAAAAUUAA